GAAGCUCCCGCUCUGAGCUGUGAUUGGCGGCGCCCGCCGAGGUCUCUCGCGCUGAUUGGCCGGCAGGGAAAGAGAAGUUAAAGACCUUGAGCAACUUUGUAGAGUCGGCAGGAGGGCGAGUCUGAAUGAGCAGCAGGUUCAGCGGACAGUUAUGGGUGAUGCAAAAGAAGUCAAGAUGCAGAUUACACCAGAGUCACCUAGGCAGCUCGCAGUCCAGAACCCCUUUGAAAGCCCAAGUGAUUAUAGCCAUCUGCAGGAACAGAUUGUGUCAAGUCCAACACUGUUUAAAUCCACAAUAUCCUCUGCGACGCCUGGAAAAUUUAGAUGGUCUAUAGAUGAACUAGCUUUAAUAAACCCUGUGGAAAUAGACUCAGAAGACAUACACCGUCAAGCGUUGUAUCUAAGCCAAGCCAGAAUAGAUAAAGAGAUGGAAGAAAAAAGACAAAAAGCCAUUGAAGAGUUCUUCACCAAAAGCACCAUUGUUCCAUCUCCUUGGACUGAUCACAGUGAGAAACAGGUUUCUCAUUUUAACUCCACUCGAUGUAUCGAUCUAAAUAACGCUUCGCCGAUUGGCAGAGAAAUCACUGUGCAUCCUGGGAGAAACAAUGCCGCUUGCCAGACAGUAUUAUCUCUGCCUGUUGAUUUUGACAUAGAAAAAAUACUAGGUGAAUAUUUUAAACCCGAUGAAUUGGCCGACCAGUCUCAGGAAAGCUUGAGCACUUCCUCGUUGAGGAGGAAGCUUUUUUUAGACGAGAACGGAAGCCUCUCGUCGGAGAGCUUCUCCCCUUCUCCUCAGAGUCCACACAAUGUCCCAGCCUCUCUUGGAGUACUGUGUUCGAUAGACAUCUCUCCAGUCCGCUGUAGAAGCCCUCUAAAUACAUCCAGCUCGGGCCAGUUUUCCUCCAGCCCUAUUCAGGGAGGCUCCAGGACCUGCAGUCUGGGAAGCCUGCCUAGUCCUUCAUUUCCAGAGAGGAGUCCUGCAAAUAUUCCUUCUCCAGCUUUUUCCCCAAUUGGCAUUCAGAUAAGAAAGACACCACUGUCAGAUCAAAGACAAUUUACUUUUCGCUCCCCAGACAUUCCUUCUGUUUCUAACUCCUGCCGACUAACUCCUGCCGGGACCAGGAAUUCUUACACGGAAUGCUCUCCAUUGAAAAGUUGUUCCCCCAUGAGACUUGUGGCACGCAGAGGAAUGACAGUUUAUCAGAGCUCCCUCGUCUGUCUGCCUUUGACGCCUGAAAGUUUGAGCGAAGGGCAGGAGGAAGGAGCCAAGGCUUUGCCUGCAGAAAUGUCCUUGCCAGCCGAGUCGAAGGUCAACCUGCACCCAUUGAACGGGGAUGCGUUUGCACAUAGCACCCAUUUGGUGGUUGCCCGGGUGUCUAUCUCACCAGAUGUGCCUGAAGCCUGCAAGGAAGGGCUGACAUUUCUCCACGACCCGGGUAGUUUCAAGGAAAACUAUACGGUGGAUAUGGUUGAUCCGGAGAUGUUGGACGAGAACUUGGUAAAGGGAUCGGCGGAGAAUAGUGGCACGCCAAUGGCUGGCUUCAGUAAUGAAAGUUCUUGCAUGUGUAUGUCGCCUCUAGCUGAAAGCAGCGCCAGUCCCUACGAGAACAGUAGCAUGCAGGCGGACAGUGGUUACAGCACUCAGACUUGUACUAGCAGUCUGAUGGACACAGCUGCAUCGGAGACGAGUUGCCGAGACAAUGACACUCACGUUUGUGAGACUCGGAAGAAAUUUCAUGUUUACAAAACAAAGCAAGGAAAAGCCACUCCCAACUUUUGGACUGAAAACGAGCCUGCUACUCAAUCCAGAAACCAUCUUGUAGAAAUGCCACUGUCGAAAUGAUUUGCACAUCCGCUUAUAUGCUUUCUGCGGAGCAAGCAGCUGUCCACCGUGAAGCUUAAGUGGGGUUUUUGAGAUGCAUGGGAAGAAGACUUGACUGGCACAAUUGCUUCCCACUAUCAGGAGGAUUGUUGAGCACAGAGCAUGUGACAAUGACUCCUGAUAACCCCAAGGCCUGAUCAUAUAGGCCCCUGGUAGCUGGGGUGUAUUGAGAUGCAGCUUUGUGGUGGCUCUUCAUGGUUGCCACAAGAAAAGGUUUACCACACCAGAGACAUGCACAUACCCUCCAUGUGGAGAUUCAGUUCUUGCAAAAGGCGGCACUUCAGCAAAAA